GGACUAUAAGACUGGUGCUGGAGUGAGCUAAGACAUCCCAGUCUUAUUCAUAGCCAUGUCGUCCGAAGAUAUCAUCACCGCGUACAAGAACAUUGCUGUGCCGUCCAAGCAGGAGCAGAAUCUGCCGGGUCUGGACAAGGAUAUCGAACCCGGAAUCGAAUAUACGAAACAAGAGAUCUGGGACGACGAAGGCCGACCGAGCCUGCGCGAAUAUGUCGGAUCUGGUAAGCUGAAAGGCAAAACCGCGAUCGUCACCGGGGCCGACAGCGGUAUCGGGCGCUCUGCCGUCAUUCUCUUCGCCCGCGAGGGUGCGCGGGGAAUCACGAUUGCACACUUGCCCGAGGAAAAAGAGGACGCCGAAUCCGCGAAGAUCGACCUCGAGAAGGAGGGCGCGAAGUGUCUGCUUGUGCCGUGCAACCUGAUGGAAGAAGCGGAUUGCAAGGCUGUGGUGGACGCUCACGUCAGGGUCUUUGGGACCUUGAACAUCUUGGUGAACAACGCGUCGAAGCAGAUCUUGACCAAGAAUUUCGAGGAAAUCGACCUUGAGAAGGUGAAGAGCACUUUCAACUCCAACAUCCUCCAAAUGUUCGCCGUCACCAAAUACGCGCUCCCGCACAUGAAGCGCGGUAGCAGCAUCAUUAAUACGACCUCCGUCACCGCGUACAAAGGCUCCGCAUCCCUCGUCGACUACUCCUCCACCAAGGGCGCGAUCGUCACCUUCACGCGCUCGCUCGCCGUGCAGCUCGCGCCCAAGGGCAUUAGGGUGAACGCGAUCGCGCCGGGGCCCGUUGUCACGGCGCUGCAGGCGGCGAGCAGGGACGCGGAGGACAUGGAGGGCCUCGGUGUGGGCUUGCCGUUGCAUAAUCGCGCGGCGCAGCCGGCGGAAUUGGGUCCUGCAUAUGUAUUCCUUGCGAGCUCGGACUCGAAUGCGAUGACGGGCGCAGUGCUACAUAUCAACAGCGGUCAGCAUAUUGGAGGUUCGUGA